AUGUCUCACGUUCCCCUUCGGCAGGACCCCAUUGUGAUGGUCAUAGAUUUCCACCAUGCAAGAGGCCCGGAAGUCGAGUUAUGUUUCGGAGACGAGGGAGUUGAUCCUGUGGCGGAGAACGACUGGUCUCUGUUGCCAUUCAUGGCCUUAUCAGACGGAGCGCAUCUGUCUACCGAGGAGUUCUCUUACUUCACUGUCCGCCGGAAGGAGACCGCGACACAGCCUGCCACAUCGCUCUUCGGCAUCUCCUGUUCUCGACAGAUCGACUCCAACAUCCUUCUCUACAGGCCAGCAGAUGUGACAAGGUCAACGGUGCAGAAAGCGGUGGUAGUGAUAACAGAUAGUCCUCAGAGGUUGGGGCAGCUGAGGGAGAAGCUCUCUAUCGUCACGUCUGCCUGGUUUGCGCAACGCGACUUUUCCGACCACGAUAUUUUGAAGAAAUUUCGAGAAGGCCUGGUUAUCAGCUUGAAGAAGGAUGACGAGACAAAGGAUCAGAACUUGGGGCUUUCCCUGCGAGAAAUGAUUCAUGAAUUCAAGUACCAAACCCUUGUCCUAUUCAAAGCUCUGCUUCUGCAACCAAAGAUGCUCUUUUUCGGUACCAAGUGUGAACGGCUAUGCAUGAUACAGUUUUCCCUCAUCUCAUUAAUACCGGGUCUUAUGAAUCGCUUGCAAGACUCUGCCGACCCAGCAUUUGACAUGUACGCACAAACAGUGGAGAAGCCGACCUCCCUAAAAACAAGCGACAGAAGUUCUUUGCUGGCGUACAUGGGACUACCGUUACAAAUCUUUGGCAAGGGAAGCAUGUUCGGGCCAUACACCCCACUACAGCAGCUGGAUCUACUGGCAGAUCACGGAACCAAGUCAUAUGUCGUUGGCUCUACGAACUCUCUAUUGCUGCAGCAAAAAGAUCGCUAUAGCGAUAUACUGGUCAAUCUUGACGAUGACACUCUCACCAUCAACUCUCCUUCUCUCAGAAACGCCCUGGCUCUCUCUGUCGCGGACAGGCGCUGGAUCGACCUUCUCACUCAAAUUAUCAAUGAGACCUGGGAUGAUGCACAUCCCCAGCAGCCCAAGACGCAUGGCUACAUGGGCUCCGAGGAGUUUAUUAGGCUCCAGUUUGAAGAGUACUUACUCGCAUUGCUCUCCUGCAUGCAGUAUCAUGAGGAGCUCAGCUCUUCAACUACUGGUGAACCGGGUGGGCGAAGCCGUGCUCAGCUGGAAGCCUAUAAUAUCGAGGGCGACCCAGCGCUUGAAUUCAAUGCAGAAUUCUUAGCGCAGUGGAGCACCACGCCUAAUUAUGCAUUGUUCAAGCACCUCACUUCUGAUGCGCUGCUAUUCUCGAUUGUCGAGCCUCGUCACCCGUGCGCAGGUGGUCUCACUAUCGAUGACGUUCAACGACGUGUAACCCAACAGGUUGCUGAGUUGCAUCUAGACGAGCGCGUGCGGGAAGGUCGCGAGGCCUUGAAUAGACAUCUUUCGACAGGCCAAAAGAAAGUUAGUGCUGCGUUCAACAGCUUUUGGGCCGAUAUUGAAUCUAUGCGAGAAGCCCAACGGAAAAAGACCGAAGAAAGAACCACACCUUCGCAACGGUCCUCACUGGAUAGAGGAUCUCGAAACUCACCUCCAUUCUCGCCUUCUGACACCGCUUCGAUUAACUCCACUGGAGGGUCUUCGUGGUUCGCUGGACGGAAGGCCCCCGCGGUGGAUAUGACCCAAGCACAGGCAUCAGUCAGCGCUGUGAGCCAGAAGGCGGGUGCCUACUUCAGCUCUUGGGGCACCUGGGCCAGCGAGAAACGGAAGGAAUGGCAGGAGAAGAAGACCACGUCAACGUCUCCUAGCACAGCUACGCCCCCGGUUCCCACAUUGACCUGCAGCACAGAAACCGGUGAAGCAGACCGAGGCAGACUGUCCAUGCAGUCACGACGGAGCGAAGAUUUCUCGACGCUAUCCCGAAGUGGAAGUAGGAGAAAGCGGUGGAGCAACAUACUUCUUCGACGCGAAAGCGGCGAGUUCAGCCGUAAGGAUGACACGGCGGUGGAUAGCGACGAACCAGAAAAUACGUAUUCAAAAUCACCCCUUUCGCAUGAGGCCCCUGCUUUCAGUGAUAAGACUCACAGUGAGGAAGUGGCUAGUCGGUCAGAUGACAUACCUCAGCACGAAGUCGCCAAUAAGGAGGAGGACAAGACCACAGUCUUAGACGAGGACGUCCAAGCAGCAACAGAAACCCAGGCAAGCCCUCUGUCGCUGCCGUCCCCUCACAAAGAAGAACUUCCUUCGCGUACCUGCGAUAUACCCAUCGAGAAAGCAGGCGAAUCAUGA